AUAUAUGGCCUGGUAUUCAAGCGAUUAUAUCAGGAUCAUGGUUGAGGUUAUAAUUUUUUUCUGCAGGCAUUUCUGUUUCACACAAAAGCAGGGACGGACUGACAACUCAAGGGGCCCCCGGGCAAUUGGGGAUCAUGGGGCCCCUGUGUCCUUGCCCACACUCAAAACACACCCAAAAAAGCCUAUAAAAGGUACCAGGGUCAUCUCAUGGGGCCCCCUACUGACCCUGGGCCCUCGGGCAGUGCCCGAGUUUCCAAAU